AAAAGCAAGACAAUGAGAAUUGGUUGCGAUGGUCGAUGGCCUCCCUGUAUGUAUACAUACGUAUGAUGUCUUUACUUGGUUGAAUCCACCUUAAACCACUUAAGAACCCCUCCUCGUUUUCUUUUCUUUGACUCGUGUCCCCCAUGUGUGUUUCGUGGGCCAUACCAAUUCACCCGCAAACGGGGGACAUCGGAACGUUAACUUAAGCACCUGGACAGCGACCCUUCCGGAGGCCUUGUUUCAAUUUGGAUAUUAGCACUCUAACAAUGCACUUAGAGGAAACGGACCAAUACAAUUUGAAAAAAUGUAACCGGAAUACAUGUUUUGAAAAACAACGCGGCUCUCUUCGUCAGGAAAGGUCUGUUGUUGCUGGGUGAUAUAAGGAAAGUGGUUGAAUUGCGCACCAGCUCAAAGAGCAUUUGCUUGGUAGCAGCCCCCAUACUGCUGCUCACAUAACCGUAACUGUGCUACCGUCUUGUGGGUUCCCUCCACGAAGGGAGGGGUGUGAUAGACUACCAGACGCACAGUGGAAGAGAAAAUAUCCACGAUCGCUUUUGUUGACGGCGCUUUGAAAAAGAAGAUGCGGCGUUUCCCCAGACCCGGGGUAACGUUAUUGCUGUGGAUGCUUGGUGUCCUCGGAAGCCUCAGCUCAGUGCGCUCAGCAUCCCUAAAAUGUGACGAGGUGUUGGCCACCCCACUGCCGUACAGUGCGUUCUUGGGAUCCUCUGUGCUGUCUGGUGACUAUGGGGCCGGCUAUGCCAAACUCAACAGGAGAGGAGGAGCCGGGGGCUGGUCCCCACUGGACUCGGACCGGUACCAGUGGCUCCAGGUGGACCUUCGGGGUAGGAAGCAGAUCACUGCCAUAGCAACGCAAGGCCGAUACAGCAGCUCUGAUUGGACGAAGCAGUACAGGUUUCUGUACAGCAACACUGGGAGCAACUGGAGGGCUUACCGGCAGGACGGCACCAUAUGGACGUUUUCUGGAAACUGGGACUCGGAGAAGGCGGUGAGGCACGACCUACAGUACUCCAUCGUGGCGCGGUAUCUUCGCAUCAUCCCUCUGGAGUGGAGUGAGGAGGGCCGGAUAGGACUACGCGUGGAGGUCUAUGGCUGUGCUUACUGGUCUGACGUGAUCAGCUUCGAUGGCCAGUCAGUGAUAACCUACCGCUUCCGGGCAAAGAAGAUGCGCAUCCUGAAGGACCUGAUCUCCCUGAAGUUUAAGACGACCAAAGGGGACGGGGUGCUGCUGCAUGGAGAGGGGCAGCAGGGGGACUACCUCUCACUCGAGCUCAAGAGGGCCAAGCUGUGGCUCCAGAUCAACCUGGGAAGCAAUCAGCAUGGCUCCAUCCAGGGCCACACAGCUGUGUCCAGUGGUAGUCUCCUUGACGACGAUCACUGGCACAGAGUGGAGAUAGAACGCUACCGCCGGAGCAUCAAUUUCACCUUGGACCAGCACACACACAGCUUCCGCACCAACGGAGAGUUCGAUCACCUCGACCUGGAUUACGAAAUCAGCUUUGGAGGCAUGGCUGUUUCCAAUAAGCCAAUCUCUGGAGGCAGAGAUAACUUUGUGGGCUGCAUGGAACGCAUUGUGUACAACGGCGACAACAUCACCAACCUGGUCCGCAGGAAGAAAGUGGAUACGUCAAGCUUUCGCAACCUGACGUUCUCCUGCGCGGAGUCCCGCACGUUCCCUGUGUUCUUCAAUGCCACCAGUUUCCUGCUGCUGCCGGGGCGAAGUGACUCUGACACGAUGUCUGUGAGCCUGAUGUUCCGCACAUGGAACCCAAGUGGCCUGCUGCUGUUCUCGACGCUGGGGUAUGGAGGCGUGGAGAUCAGCCUGGUGGACGGGAAGGUCAACGUGCAUAUCUAUGUCUCUCAGAAACAGAGCAUACGUGUGGGUAUAUCAUCAGGUUCUGGGCUCAAUGAUGGCCAGUGGCACAGUGUCCACUUCCUGGCUCUGGAGAGUUUCGCCAUGCUGACCAUCGACGGCGAUGAAACGUCCUCAGUAAGGGCUGCCCUGCCCAUCAUGAUCAGGACAGGAGGCUCCUACUACUUUGGAGGCUACUUCCCCCGGACCAACCUGUCCCCCAUGCAAAGGUCCUUCCAGGGCUGCAUGCAGCUGAUCCACGUGGACGAGCAGCUGGUGGACCUGCAGGCGGUGGAGCAAGGAUCGCUGGGGACCUUCGAAAAUGUCAGCCUCGACAUGUGUGCCAUCAUAGAUCGGUGUGAGCCCAACCACUGUGAGCAUGGUGGCCGCUGCUCUCAGACAUGGGACUCCUUCAGCUGUGGCUGUGAGGGGACGGGUUACACUGGGGCCACCUGCCACACCUCUGUGUAUGAGCAGUCUUGUGAGGAGUACAAGCACCUGGGGAAGACGUCUAACACGUACUGGAUCGACCCAGACGGCAGUGGGUCUCUGGAGCCCUUCAGAGUCAACUGCAUCAUGACAGAGGAUAAAGUGUGGACAAUGGUGGCCAAUGACCUGCCUUCCCAGAGUCUUGUGAGUGCAGAGCUGGAGACGGCCACUGUGCUGGAGCUCAACUAUAGCAUGUCAUCCGAACAGAUUAAUGCCAUCACCAGCAGUGCAGAGCACUGUGAGCAGCAUGUGGCCUAUGCCUGCCGCAUGUCACGUCUACUCAAUACACCAGAGGGGUCUCCUUUCACCUGGUGGGUGGGGAGAGGCAAUGAGAAGCACACCUACUGGGGUGGCUCAGGGCCAGGUGUCCAGAAAUGUGCCUGUGGGAUUGAGCGCAACUGCACUGAACCCAGUCACUACUGCAACUGCGAUGCUGACCAGAGGCAGUGGAGAGAAGAUUCUGGAAUACUCAUGUAUAAGGAUCAUUUACCUGUCAUUCAGGUGGUGGUCGGGGAUGUCAACCGGCCCAGCUCUGAGGCCAGACUCACUGUGGGGCCUUUACGUUGUCAGGGAGACCGUAACUACUGGAAUGCUGCUUCCUUCAACACACCAGCCUCCUACCUGCACUUCCCCACCUUCAAGGGGGAGAACAGCGCAGACAUCUCCUUCUAUUUUAAGACUUCAUCCACUUACGGCGUCUUCCUGGAGAACCUGGGCAACGCUGACUUCAUCCGACUUGAGCUGAAAUCGACCACGACGGUCUCGUUCUCCUUCGACGUGGGGAAUGGGCCUGUGGAGCUGACCGUGCUCUCGGCCACGCCCCUCAACGAUGACCAGUGGCACAGAGUGGAGGCGGAGCGCAAUGUGAAGGAGGCGGUGCUACAGCUUGACGGAAAGUACAAGGAGGUGCGCCUGGCCCCGCCCCAGGGUCACACCCGCCUCCAGCUCUUCAGCCAGCUCUUCGUGGGUGCAUCAGGGGGUCAAAGAGGUUUCCUGGGAUGCAUUCGCUCCCUGAAGAUGAAUGGAGUGACCCUUGACCUUGAGGAGAGGGCAAAGGUUACUCCGGGAGUGAAGCCUGGCUGUUCGGGUCACUGCAGCAGUUACGGAAUGCACUGCCAGAAUGGGGGAAAGUGCCUGGAGAAGUACAAUGGCUAUUCCUGUGAUUGCUCCCUGACUGCAUUUGAUGGCCCUUUCUGCACAGAAGAUGUCGGUGGCUACUUCGAGACAGGCACCGUGGUGCGGUACGACCUGAUGUCAGGCUCUGGGGCUUCUGCUCUGAGGGAGGGGAAGGGCGUCCUGUCUCCCCUGACCACCGAGGCCAACCUGACCCAGGAGGAGCUCACCUUCAGCUUCAGCACCUCCAACACCCCCAGCGUGCUCAUUUACAUCAGCGCCAGGACACAGGACUACCUGGCCGUGGUGCUGCGCCACAACGGGACCCUUCAGAUCCGUUAUAACCUAGGGGGACUCAAGGAGCCUUUCACCGUCAGUCUGGACCACCGGAACAUGGCCAACGGGCAACCACACAGUGUCAACAUCUCCAGACAGCACAGGAUCAUCCACUUACAGCUGGAUCAUUAUCCAUCAGUGAGUUACACAUUGCCAGAAGCUUCAGACACUGAGUUCAAUCUGGUCAAGACAAUAUUCCUUGGAAAGGUCUUUGAAACGGGUCAAAUUGACCCUGUGAUCAUCGAGAAGUACAACACCCCAGGCUUCGUAGGCUGUCUCUCCAGAGUGCAGUUCAACCGUAUAGCCCCUCUGAAGGCAGCCCUGCGAUCAGGCAUUUCCUCAACCGCCUCAGUCCAGGGGGUCCUCGUGGAGUCUAACUGUGGGGCGUCUCCUCUCACUAUUUCACCCAUGUCUGCUGCCUUUGAUCCCUGGCACCCAGAUUCAGCUGGUGCCCAGUUCCCUUUCAAUGAGGAGAUGGUGAGCAGAGAUGGGCUGAAUCGUGACUCGGCGAUCAUCGGGGGGAUCAUCGCCGUGGUAAUCUUCACCAUCCUGUGCACCCUGGUGUUCCUGGUGCGCCACAUGUUCCGCCACAAGGGUUCCUACCACACCAAUGAGGCCAAGGGGGCCGAAUCAGCGGACUGUGCUGACGCCGCCAUCAUCGUCAACGACCCCGCCUUCACAGAGACUAUUGACGAGAGCAAGAAGGAGUGGUUCAUCUAGGCGGAAGUUUCCAGGGUUUCCGGGCAGGGGAUGACUGCCCUCUGGGGCAGGCCUAAUAACAAGGUCUACUCAAUGAAUGAUUAGGCGGUCUGUGCAGUCGGCUCGGGGGAAUUUUUCACCUCGGACUUUGUCAGAGCACUGACUGGCAUGUCUACAAUGUAAUUAUGUUGUGUGCAAGUACAAGGAGUUAAAUCUACUCCACUAAACCAUUACACGCACAUAGGAGGGCAUAUUUUAAUUUUAUUCAAUUUUUAUUUAUUUAUUUAUUUAUUUAUGUAUUGUUCCCUUAAACCACAGACUUACAUCCAAAAACAUUGUGCGUUUAUCUCGUAUUUGAUUGUGGAACUCUUUGUUUAAGAUCGAUAGAGCAGUACCAUUGCUUUACAGGAAUAAAUGCACCACAUUGCCUGUGUGACAAUUAGCACAAUGCAAACAAAUUAUGUUUAUUUAUGUUACAGGCUAUGACAUUUGAUUGUAUUUAUGAUGUGCCCUGUAGUUCAUAUCUCCAGGUAUAUCUAAUGUCAUGGUUAAAAAGGACAAUAGUAUUUCAUUUUUAUGUCAUACAUUUUAAGAUGCUCCCUUUUCAAGUUACCAAAAUUCAGUGUUCACUAGUCCAUGAUUGUUGUACAUGUUUUGCUGACUUCUAUGUUGUAUACUGUGGUGAUUGUAUUGGUAUCACCUGGUAGACAACAUUCAAGUGACAGUUUUAUUAAAAAUACCUUUUCAUCAAAACAUUAACCACUCUUGAGGUAUAGAAAUGGCAUAUAGUAGUGUUAGAUGUUGGUGCCUAUGUAAACUGUCUGGAGCAAUGUCAUUUCAAUACAAUAUCGUACCACUCGAAUUCUCCACUACGUUCUCCAAAAAGAAAACAUUUCUUAUUAAACCAACACACCUUUGAUAAACAGAAAUACUGACAACAAAUACAAUUUGACCACAACACUUUUAAUACUGCUACUACCAAUAAUAAUAAUAAGAAUUUAUAAUAAUAAUAUUGUUUAAUAUAACUAUGUCUUGAUUGAAUCUAUACCACCUCAGCCAAAUCAUUAGUAUAGACCAUAGGUUUGUGCUGUAACUUGACCGAACAAUUCACAUAUUUCAGGUGACUAUAAUAUACCAAUGGGAGACUCAAAUUAGCAUGCUAGCUCCACUGCCCUUUUCAGAUAGCAUGUUAUGCUCAAAAGGGUGCCAAUUACUGGCCAUCAAUUUUCAUAAAAGGAUUAAGAUAUAACAACAAUGUAAUAUUGAUGAAAUUGAAUUUGUGGCAGAUAGACACUGAGGACUAAGUAUAAUUUAGACAUAGAUUUAGAAAUGUUCUUUAAAAAAGGGUUUACAGCACAUUUUUACUCACUGUAAUUUCCACAACAAAACGUGCACGUUUACUGUGCCUUUGCACUGUACUGAUACCAUACAUGUAUACAAGUUAGGUCUCUCAGUCUGCAUCUACUGUUUUUUACAGUACAGUUAUGGUCUUCAGAGCAUCCUUUCAACUGACCAGAAAAUGAAAGCACAAUUUUAAUCUUAAAAAAGCUUGGUGUUGACAUAAGUAGUUCUAAACAUGACAGAAUUUAAUCAAGUUUAAAAGGGUCACUUGAGUUAUGUAGAAUAGUGGAGACUCAAAAAUGAGUGUUUUUUUUAUGCAGUUAUGUAAAAAAAAACUUCAAUCAAAUCAAAACUGGCAAACAUUCAAGAAAACUAAUCUGGUCCACUCUUUAAUUUGGGGAAUUGGGCUAUGGUGAUUGUAUAUGUAACAAAAACAAUUUCAGCGUUCACAGGCUUCCGGUCUAUGACUGAAGCCAUUAUUAAAAGAAUAUAGUUGUUAACAACAAUAACAUGGUUAAUUAUCAUGGUUGUAACUCAAAAGCACAUUAUAUGGAACAGAACAUAUACAAGUCACAUUCCCUCCCCUCAACGUUCUGCUUGUCAAACUCAACCAGGUGAUAAACUCAGUUUGUCAUUUUAAUCACGGAAUUCAGUAGACACCAACAUCCAACACUUGGAUUAGUUGUGUAACUCAAUAAGCAA